AACUUUAUCUUACACGGCACACCGGGAGCUUAGUGUGAAGUUGAUAUCGGCACGGUGGAGGUAACGGAUGUAAACGGCUCUUCAAAAGCUGCGUAUCAAUCGCGAAUUGGUCCCAGUGUACGUUCGGCAGGCACGGCAGCAAGGUGGUUCGUCUCGAUCGAUCAGUACAAGUUCUGCUCCAGUCCAGUGAUGUAUCUUCGCGCAGGGAUGAGGCUGGUGGUGGCCAUCGUGACCAUGGCCGUGGUUGCGGGUGUGCCGGUAGAUGAUGAACCGAGGCGAGGACCGAUAAUUAUCGACGCUCAAUUAGCAGCAGCCGCUGUUGAACGCGACUCGCUGCAUGAAGAUACCUUGAAACUGCAGGAUGGUGAUGGCCCUGAAGGUACAGUGUUUUAGGCAGGGAGUUUCCAGUACGCCUGAGGGGGUUGAGCGCACCGAUGAACCAGAGGCAAGUACGAUCGAGCCCACUUUAUCGCCGGAAACAACUACAGCACCUGAGGUUCCUACCACAACCGAUGCACCAACCACUACCGUAACGGUUACCGAACCGACAACGACGACCGUCGAUACUACCACCGUAACGGUUACCGAGCCUUCAACGACGACUGAGGUGACUACUACAACUACUGCUGCAUCCACAACCGUUACCGAACCAACAACAACUACAUUGGCAUCCACAACCGUUACCGAGCCAACAACAACCACAGUGGCAUCCACUACCGUUACCGAGCCAACAACAACCACAGUGGCAUCCACAACUGUUACCGAGCCAACAACAACCACAGUGGCAUCUACUACCGUCACCGAACCGUCGUCCACAGUGUCUGAGACAACUUCUACCGAAUCUGCAGCCACCACUACGACCGAUGCACCCGUUACGGAAGAAACGUCGACCACUACGCUCGAGCCGGAAACGACCACGCAAGGAGCCAGCUCGGUGACAUCGCUCGGUGUUGUCCUACUGACCGCCGUGGCAAUGACCAACAUCCUUCGAGUACACUAGCACACACUCUCAAUGUGUUGCGGGUGUUGAAAUGUGCGUGUAUCUGUGUGGUGAUGGAUAGGACAGCUCCUAUGGUAGUGAUGGUAUUUAAGUAUUAUUGCAGCGUGAAAGAAGAUCGGCAGUUUAGAGUGUAGCGUUCGGCGCUCGUACGAUCGCUUUCGGUGAUGUGAUUUGUCUGUGUAUCACGGAGAGAAUGUUUUUGAUUUGAUAUGAUUUAAAAUUGAUUGUAAGUGUUGUGUGUUUGUGUCAGUUACAAAUAUACUACAACAACAUAAAGAAGCUGUA